AUGCGGCGGCACACGGGACGAAGGGAGGGGUUUGAGGCUCGCAAGCCGAGGCCUCAUGCACAGUGCGCGGCCAAUCGAGAUAAGACAGCAGACGGCCCUCUUCGGUGCUGUCGCGCUUGUGCCGUUUUGAACAUGGAUACCCUCAGAAUCCUCGCCGGCAUCCGACGUGGCCGAGAAUCUUUCAAUGAUUCGC